AUGUCAGGCACAUCGCGCCACAAGUCGUGCCUCGAAUGCAUACAGACUAAACGAAAGUGCGACCGAACAUGGCCGAGAUGCCAGCGUUGCGUCGCGAGAGGCUCUGAAUGCCAAUAUAUCGGUCGAAAUCGACAUCAACCACAGCGAAGCCCUGAUACCAACGUGGAUCAAUCUGUUCCUAUCUCGGAGCGUUUGGGCGGACAGCCAUCUAGUAACUGGGAGUUGGAGCAAUAUCACGCAGAUCCAACGUCGUUGCUCACACCAUGCUGGGAUGGUGCUCUGUUCGAAUUCCCUAACCAUUUCAACCUUGCGAGUCAUGAUAACUUCAUCUUCAAUAGCAUACAAGACGAAGUUGAUCAACAGGCGUCGAGCAGUGCUGAUCCAGGUAUCGUACGAGCCAUCACUCCGGAUUCAAAACUCCAGGCUCGUGUGGAGUUCGUAGCAAAGCGACUAGCAACAAUCCCAAGGACAUUCGCACAGUACGGCCACACAAUGUUCAUCCACCGGAUACAGUUCCAGCAGAGUUAUUCCCCAGCUCUGCAGGAUGCAAUGAGCGCGUGCGCCUUGUAUUGCAUGAAGAGCGUGGCAAAUCAAGCAUUAGUAGUCGGAAAUUUGGAACAUAAAUGUCAGCAGCUAAUUGCAAGCACGGAUGCGCUGCUCGCCUCCAAAACGGAUCUUCUUGCGGCUCUACAAGCGCUCCUGCUUUACCAGAUGAUGAGACUCUUCGACGGCGACAUUCGUCUCAGAGCCCAUGCGGAAGCCGAUGAACCGAUUGCGAUCCUAUGGGCGAGCCAACUCAGCGCUCUGACGUACAAUGCAGCAGACACUACAUUGGCUGCGCCAGAUUCGACAGACACGAGUGUUGUGACAAUAGGCCGCAAGUCGGACUGGCAGUCCUGGCUCCUUGACGAAAGCAUCCGACGUACCGUUAUAACCACAUUCAUGCUGAAGGGUGUAUACAGUUUUUUGAAACUUGGCUACGACAGCCCCACGGAUCUGCAUAUAUGCUUCACUGCACAAGCAGCGCUUUGGAACGCGCAGUCCGCAAUCGGUUGGCGUAGGGCUCAAGAAGAGACGGAGCGACUCGAGAUAUGGGUUACGCGUUGGGACGAGGCGAUUGCAAAGGCGAAACCAAUGGAUCUGGAGGAGCUUGGUGUAUUAAUUAUGACGAUGUUAUGGGGACCUGAGGCGACGCGGACAUGGUUGGGAGAAGAUGUUACUCUGAAAUAUGGGUUGGAGAUGGCUUAG